AUGAAUGUAUCAGCUUCACAAUGUGGUAGUGGUAGUGAAUCUGGAUGGACUCUCUACUUAGAUCAAUCCUCUUAUUCUCAAACAAGGUAUCAAAAGUUUAAUGAGAACUUCAUGGUGGACGAUGAGGAGCAGGACUUAUCCAUGGUGUCUGAUGCAUCUUCUGACCCUAGACAUUAUUACCUAGAUUAUGAGAAAUGCCUUAGGAAAAUGGGAGCUUGUGUUCUGUUCUUGCAACCCCUGAAAGCAGCAAAAAUAAACAGAAAAUCAAAGAACUUGGUAGCAAUCAACAUCAUUCUUAACUUGAUGUCACUGCCACUCCCAUGUGAUAAGCUUUUCCAAGGCUUUUGA